GAUUGGGCUUAAUUUUAUUUACGAGGUGGAAUUAUUAACUUAAAGGAGUAAAGCUGUCUGCUCCAAGACUUAAUGUAAAUUUACUCCCCCUGGACCUUGCCUGUGGUGGCAUCUGGAGCAGGAAAUCUUAACUUUAAAGGGAUGGAUGAAUAUUAAAUGGACAGAAGAAAUAUUCACAUACUAGGAACGUGAAUACAUAUUUGAUUGUUUUGACUGUAAAAUUGUUGGAUUGUUUUCUUCGGAGGCCCAGCGUUGUAGCUGUUGUUUAAAGGACAACCAAGGAUGGAACGCAGCCAGAAUUUUCAGAAUCCAGCAAUUUUUGUAGUUGGACAUUUCCAUAGCUGCUUCUGGAACCUAGAAUCACUGUUGGAAUAGAAGAGAUUGGAAUUUUUUUUUUACACUAGUAAGGAGAGAUCUAACUUCACAUGAGCAGCUCAGACAACAUCAUGACUAAAGGACAAAUAGCGCUGCGCAGCGUGAAUGGAGUACCGUCCAACGGAGCCUACGUUAACGACAUGAAUUUAGGAACGAGCUCCAGCCAGGUGGAGAUCCUUGGUAACGAGGGCACCAUUUACAAGAAAGGCCCCCGCAAGGAGAGGAUACUUCUGGCAGUGAGCAUGGCACUCUUAGUCGGUUGUAUUGUCGUUCUCGUCCUUUUUUUGACUGGUGUGGUGAAUCCAGCACCUUUAGGACAGUCAUCACCUGUCACAGAGAAAGAUGUCUGCCUGGAUCCUGAGUGUGUACGAACAGCUGCAAAUCUAUUAAAUGGGAUGGACCAGACCAUAGACCCCUGUGACGAUUUCUUUGAAUAUGCCUGUGGGGCCUGGAACAGAAAAAACAUCAUUCCCGAAGAUAAGUCAAGUUAUAACACCUUCGGCAAGCUGCGGGAUGAGCUGCAGGUGUUAUUAAAAGCACUAUUAGAGAAACCAGAUAUGCCAAACCAGCCAAACUCUGUGACAAAAACCAGAAAUCUUUACAGAUCUUGUAUGAAUGAAUCUUUGAUAGAGCUCAGAGGAGCCAAGCCAGUUUUUGACUUCCUGGAAACACUUGGUGGCUGGCCUGUCUUGACGUCAAAUUGGUCGGAGAGUAGUUUUGAUUGGAUAGAGCUGGUGGCCAAACUGAGGCUCUACAACAAUAAGCUCCUCAUUGAUGAGUGGGUGAGCUCUGACGACAAGAAUUCGAGUGUGAAUAUCAUUCAGUUAGAUCAGGUAGAUCUGGGCAUGCCUAGUCGAGAUUACUUCCUGAAGGGGCGUGACGAGAAGGUGGAGGCGUACGAGAACUUUGCUGUCUCCUUGGCGAUACUGAUGGGAGCCAAUGAGACGGUGGCGAGAGAAGAGAUGAGGGAGAUGGUGGAGUUUGAGACCAAGUUGGCCAAUAGUACAACUCCCCCGGAAGACAGACGUGACAAUGAGAAAUUGUACAACAGAUUUACUAUUAGGGAGUUGUAUACAAAUAUUACUGACAAGAUUGAUUGGCUGAAGUUUCUGAAUAUCCUGUUUCAAAGCGUCAAUAUCACACUGACGGAGGAUGAGGAGCUGGUGGUCUACGCUCCGGAGUAUUUUGGCAAACUUGUUGACGUUUUACAUGAGACUUCUAACAGAACCAUUGCCAAUUACCUUGUGUGGCGCAUAAUGAUGAACAGAGUUGGCAAUUUGCCAAAGAGAUUCCAGAGCUUGAAUCAAGCUUACAGCAAGGUCCUGUAUGGAACAGACACUGACCAGGCUCGCUGGAGGAAAUGUGUUAGUUACGCCACAGACAACAUGGGUAUGGCGGUGGGCAGGCUGUUUGUGGAGGAACACUUUAACAGUGAAUCUAAAGAGAGCGCAUUAGCCAUGAUAGCCAACAUCCGGGAUGCGUUCAAUGAGCUCCUCAUGGAAAAUGAUUGGAUGGACACUGAAACCAGAAAAGUGGCCAGGGAGAAGGCAGCAGCCAUGGAAGAAAAGAUUGGUUUUCCAGCAUAUAUUUUAAACAACACAGCACUGGAUGAUGAGUAUACAACUAUUGAUUACCAAGCUGAUAAGUAUUUUGAGAACGUCCUGGCCAACAUCCGCCAUAUUGCUCACCAAAACUUCAAGAAAUUGCGGGAGCCGGUGGACAAGACUAGCUGGUCCACAUACCCACCAGUGGUCAAUGCUUUCUACAGCGCCACCAAGAAUCAAAUUAUGUUUCCCGCAGGAAUCCUUCAGCCUCCAUUUUACAGCAAAACAUUUCCCAAAUCACUCAAUUAUGGUGGUAUUGGGAUGGUGAUUGGUCAUGAAAUUACACAUGGAUUUGAUGAUAGAGGCCGUCAGUUUGACAAGGAUGGUAACCUGGUGCAGUGGUGGGAUCAGACAGUGGUGGACAACUUCAAGAAGAAAACUUUGUGCAUUAUACAGCAAUAUGGCAACUAUACUGUGAAGGAAGUUAAUAUGAAUUUGAAUGGGAUCCAGACCCAAGGAGAAAAUAUAGCUGACAACGGGGGCUUGAAACAGGCUUUUAGGGCGUACAGGAAGUGGGUAGCAAAGCAAGGAAAAGAGGAGAGCAAACUACCCGGGAUAAGCCUUAACCACAACCAACUUUUCUUCCUCAAUUUUGCUCAGAUAUGGUGUGGUACCAUGAGAAAACAGUCAGCUCUACUGCGUAUUAGAACAGGUGUCCACAGCCCUGGAAGGUUCAGAGUAAUUGGUACUCUGUCCAAUUCGGAGGACUUCUCCAACGCGUACAACUGUAAGCCUGGCAGUAAGAUGAACCCAGUGAACAAAUGUGCAGUGUGGUAGUUGAGAUCAGCAACACGUCAUCACAACCAACACAAUAGUUACAGUCAUCGCACCUAACACAAUGGACAAAUUGUACAUCUGAUUCAUCCACGGCAGUGUGGUAGCUGAGAUCAGCAAACACAAUCAUCACAACUGUUAACAUGGCAGCAGCACUAAUAAUGGAGAACGCACAAAAAUACUCUGUGAAUAAGAUUUUGUGACAUCUACCUUUAAACAGCAUGUGAAUAAGAUUUUGUGACAUCUACCUUUAA